UUUAGAGCCCACAGUUGUCUCUGUGAGGAUAGGGAGUAGUAUUGCGAGUCCUGAUCGAACAUCGGUGUUCUACAUUUGGCGAGCAGUGAAAUUUAGCAAAUCUCGUUUCAAAUACGCUUUCACAAUUUGUGGUUGUGUGAUUCUGCCUAGGUGAGAAGAGACGAAGAGUAAUUCGAGACGCCCGAUCGAGCAGUAGUUCAGAAAAUCGCCUUCCGCUAAUACAGACAGGGUGCUACCGAAAGUUACUAAACUGGCUCAGCCGUAUCCUGAACAAUCUGGCAAAUCCGGAGUCCCGAUCAGCAACCACCGGAUCGUAGCCCAUGGCAGGACAGAUGUGAAAAAGUUCAUAGAGCAUACCUCGUCAAACCACUUUAGUGAAAAAUACAUUAGCUCUUUAAUUUGGUGCUGGAAGGUCGUCGCUUCAAGCUGAGCUUUAUGUAACCUAUAGUGUUUGAAAACGAAAAACUAUACAGAACAUCAAAUAUUAACACAGUAUCACAAUUACAACUACUUCUACACCAGUAGAUAACGGCACUUGUGUGGAUUCAUGGUUAGUCGUGUCGAUUUGAAUUUUGUUUUGAUUUAUUUAUUUGUAAACACAGAAUCUGCAUCCCUGUAUAAAAUAGAGUGGAAAAUUUUUCCGCGUUAAUCAUAGUGAUAUUCAUUGACACACGUGUUUCAAAGCUGAAGUCUACCCGGAGGCACUUGCCUUUCAAGCCGUAAUCUAGUAGUCAGAAUCCACUAAGCGCUUGCAGAAUCGAGUGCGAUAACCCAUUUCACGGUCAGCUAGUUCCUGGUCGAUACGCGCAGUGUCACCGAGUGAAGUGUUAUUGUUUUGUUUGGCGCCCGAUCGCGAACAUAUUGCAAAGUGCAGUCAGUGAAGUGCACUUCGUUUGCGGUUAUCUGCUAGUUACCUGUAUUUUCGGAAAGAUUGGACUCUUCAGAACGGUGUAAAGUGGUGCAAGUUCCUGGCGUUUUAUUGCCGAAGAUAAAGACGACGAAUAUAUAUUUACCUGCUUGGUAUAGAUAUUUGCAGUAGUUUUCAGUGCAGUAUAUUUAGAUUGCUGAAGGAAGUGAACAAUCACGUUGAAUGUAUGUAUUGACGAAAAGACCAUUAAAGCGUGUGAUUAAUUAAACAGUCGUAAUUGUCAAUUUCCUGAAAUAAUCCUGAAAAGCGUCAAAGUUCUACAUUUACUGAAAUCAGCACGGCUGUUAUCCUUGGAAUCUAGUGCACGCGAGAAAAUCAAUAAUUUGCAAUCUGCUGCAACAGACAGAGACAGAGUGCAUAAAGUAACACGGAUAUAGUACCAUGGCUCCGAUUGCAACUACAAACGAUCCGAAGCAAGCCCACCAAGCUAGUCCUAGCGAGAAUAAUCGGUUUCCGGACGCUAGAUACUAUAGCAAUCACAAAAGCGGACUAACCGAAGGAUCACGCAAUGUACCUAAUGCGGCCGUAAAAACGGAGCCCGGCUCGAAGCCAUGCCCUUUACGGGCUCCCCUGGUGGUGACUAUUGUCGGUCUGCCCUGUCGGGGGAAGUCACUAGCAGCACACAAAAUAGCCAGGCAUCUCAACUGGCAGGGUGAAAACGCGAAAGUGUUCAAUGUAGAAGGGGAAGCAACACCUGAAAAUCUCGUGGAAAUUUCUUUGUUUUUCAAAGAGGGCAACAAUGUGGCGAUCGUCGAUGGCAUGCACCUUACUCGCCGAUCUCGCCAACAGGUGAUUUCUUUUUGCUCGGAAAAGGUUUUUCAUCAUCUACUGAUAGAGUUUAGUUGCAACGAGCAAAGUUUAAAGGAGAAUAUAGAGGAUACAGUAUGCUUCUACCAUAAGUUGGACCAGAACAUUGACUGGGAACGGCGGUUGAAGGACAGCAUUGCUCUAUACACAAGUCAAUUCGAACCGUGCUCGGCAGUUGAGGGGUCUCUUAUCACUAUAAACAACUCCGAGGAUCCGCAGCAUCAUUCAGUUACAGCCCGCGGUGUCCAUGGAGCUAUACCUACGUCAAUCCUUGGCUCAUUGGCCAGUCCAGUAAUACGGCAUCGUACUUUCUACUUCAGCCGACACGGUGAAUCCGAAUAUAAUGUUUUGGGACGAAUUGGAGGAGAUGCUGAAUUGUCACCCCGUGGUAUCAAAUAUUCUGAAAGACUAGCCAAGUGUUUGGGAGGGCCUGGUUCAGCUCAAGAUUGCCCCAAACCAAAGUUGAUUUGGACUUCUGAACUGCGUCGUACAAUUCAAACGGUACAAAACAUACCUGGUCCGAGGGCUGCGCUCAAAGAUUUGAACGAAAUCAACGCGGGAAUUUGCGAGGGUCUCACGUACGAGGAAAUUCAGGAACGCUUCCCGCAGGAAUUCGCGUGGCGUGAUCAGGAUAAGUUCAAGUACCGCUACCCGCACGGCGAAUCCUACUUGGAUCUCUUGCAACGUGUUGACAGUGUGGUGCAGGCGCUGCUGAUCAAUACGGAUGUCCUAGUCGUAUCCCACCAGGCAGUGCUGCGCUGCAUUAUGGCAUACUUCAAAGGAACGAAACCUGAUGACGUUCCGUACAUAAAUGUUCCAUUGCAUACGUUGUUGAUCGUACGUUCUUAUGGGUACGAGUUUGAAGUAGAGACAGUUCCACUCAAGGUGGAGUGUGUUGACACGUAUCGCAUUCAGCCGAAGAACUGCUCGACCACUCGUACCGCUGCGGAUGCUUUGACUACAGUUCCGGCGCAUUUCGAUGCACCUCUUACACAGCAAAUGUCCACCACGAUUAGCUAAUUUGGUUUCAGUCAUUAAAGAAGACAACAUAGAACGCGAACACAAUGACCAUCCAAUUUAUUGCAUGCAGUAAACCACAGUAGUUGCUAAGAUAAUCUCCGGUUCUUCCAAAAUAUUCGUACAAAUAAUUCGCCAUCUGAUUUGCUGUGAGAGCAUUUCCGGUUAACCAGACAUAGAGAGUUGCGUGUAGAAAAGCAAAAACUAUUGGUAGAAGCUUCUUAUAAGAUGCGGUCCGAACUUGGGAAUGAGCCUGAAAAACUGCUUACUAAUUACUACUUACUACUUACUUUUCUUUCCUUUCAAUUCAAAUAUCUUUUGACAGACAAUGCAAGAUAGCUAGUAACUAACUAAGCAGGAUAGGAUUUCUCGAUACAGCGUAAACGACAUGGCAUAGUGAUAGGUACGUCAGAGCAUUCGGAGAAAUUCAUAAGAAAAAAAACUAAGCGUAAAGAUGCAUUUUAAUAUAUAUACAACUACAUAAAAUACAUACGUUUAUAAUGUGUAGGAGAUAGUUAACCCGCAGAACCGAUUAAUUAUAUAGUUGACGUAAAAUAUCCUCUGAGCUAUAGUACACAGACCCACUAAAGCUGAAUCUACUUUGUAGCAUGUGUUAGGUUUGCAUAUUUUAUAAGUUUUAUAAUGUUGGUUUAUUAGUCAUUGACAAAAUGCAAAUGCAAUUUCGGAAAACAUAAAUUUCAUUAAAUAGAGGGCGAAUAAGCCAAUCAACAGACU